AUGUGGUUAUUCUUAAUAUUCACAUUUAUUACCUCCUUUUACAAAAAUGUAACACCUUUGUCGGUAUUCGUAAAGAUUUCUUGGCGAGAUCAAGUUGAAAAUGUUGGGAAUCAUUAUCCCCAUCUGUCCGAUAGAGAGACAGGACGAUUCAAUUUACAAUUGACUAGCAACACUUCGGGGUUUACAAUGGAUGCUGUGACAGAUACAUAUGACACUCAUCACUUCAUACAAGCUGAAAAUGAAGGUGAAGAGUUGAAUGGCAACUAUGAACUUCAUAUCUCAAUCAAUGGGCCUAGUGUGGGUUAUUAUUAAUUAUCUUAAUCUUUAUUGGGUGAUUGAAACUAAGCUAAAAUUUGAAUUGAAGAGGAUGGAAAUAAGAAUUCGGGUUUCAGGAACUGGGGUCUUUAAUGAUGGAGUGGAGGGUGGUCUUUAAUGUUUUAAUGUUUGAUCUUUAAGGUUGUACUAUUAAAGGGGGAGAAAGAGAGAGAUUGCGUCGGUGGAGAGAGGGAAUGUCAUUAACGUGGAGAUAGAGGGGGCCUUUAAUGUUAAAGGGGCAGUGAUUUGAGGAGAGAAGGAAGAGGGAAGGGUUGGGGAGAGAGGGAAGGAGGGAGGGUUGGGGAGAGAGGGAAGGGGGGAGAGAGGGAGGGGGGGAGGGAAGUGAUUUGGGGAGAGAGGGAAGGGGGGGAGUUGGGGAGAGAGGGAAGGGGAGGGGAGGGAGAAAGCUGGGGAGAUAGGGAAGGGGGGGGGAGUGAUUUGGAAAGAGGGGGAAGGGGGAAGGGUUGGGGAGAGAGGGAAGGAGGGAGGGUUGGGGAGAGAGGGAAGGGGGUGUUAUUCGAUGUUAAAAUGGAUGGGUUGUCAGUGAAGGUGGAGAGAGAA